GUGUCGUGUGUGACAAUGUAUUAGUAUUGUGUAUAUAAGAGAGAGAGAGAAGAAAGAUCGAACUUUAGCACAUAUGAGUGAAAAGUAUAUACUUAACGUUAAACGAAGGAACGAACGAACGAAUGAGCGGAAAGAUAAGGAACGCUACAAAUUAGAGUGAGAUAAACUAAGAAAUAAGAAAAGGAAUAGUGUACUUGAAAGAGUUAGAGAAAGAAAGAGACGGAGAUACAAUAUCGUCGAGCGGUGGUGCUGGUAAAUAGGAUCGAGUGCGCGAUUCCAUGACUUUGAGGUUGAAAUCGGUGGAAAAGCAGUGCGGAUGGCAUUCGUGCCAUAAUCAUAAUGGAUUUUAAAUAAUUCCGUGGUCCGUGCGUGCGAUAAAGGAAGAGAAGGAACAAGAACAAGAAGGUACAGAGGAUAAAAGAAGAGAGAGAGAGAAAGUGUUGGUCUGCGAAUUUUUCUUCCAGAGAAUCUGCUGUUUUUUUUUCUUUUCUUUUUUUCUUUCUUUUCAUAUCGUGCACAGGUAAAUCUUUCCCUCCCUUAUGUACAAAGAGGUAACUACGAACGAAUCGAUGCUUUAACGAACGGCCAAAAUGGAAGAGCAAAGCGUUCACAGCAGUAUCAGUGAUAUAAAUAGUGAGGAAGCCGUUAGAACUCUAGUGAUACCACGUAAGAAAAGAAUAUGCCUGGUUGGUACUGCUGGUGAUGAUCCUGCUCUGGGUGCAGCUGCGCAGCAAUUUAGUGUUCCAGUAUUGAAAUCGGAAACAGGACUGGAAUAUAUAGAAGAUACUGCAUAUUGCACCUAUUUUAUACUCAAAGAAUUUGAGGGACCUGAAUAUGAUGUUCUACAUAAAAGUGCUCAUAGGAUAUUGGGACCAACAGCACUUUUGCAGUUGGCAGAAAAGAAGGACUCAUUACCUAGUAUUAAAAGACCAAUGUACACACAAGCCAUGGUUGGUGCAGUUGUUGUCUUCACAGGAUUUAGAAAAAAGGAUGAGUUGACGAGAUUAAUCAAUAUGAUACAUAACAUGGGUGGUAGUAUUAGAAAAGAAAUGGGUACAAAAGUGACGCAUCUUAUUGCUAAUUGUUGUGGCGGUGAAAAGUAUAGAUAUGCUGUUGUAUUCAGAGUACCCAUUAUGUCGAUGAAUUGGGUGACUACUCUCUGGAGUACUAGAGACGACGUUUCCAGUUAUGGAAGUAAUGAAGAAUUGAUAACAGCUCAUAAGCUAAAACCAUUUUUUGGUGCAAGAGUGUGUUUCUUCGGUUUUCCUGAAGAAGAAAAGAAGCACAUGUGUGAAGUGCUACAACAACAAGGUGGUGAACCAACAGAAAUUGACGACCCUAAUUGUACGCAUGUGGUAGUGGAUGAAUCAAAUGUAAAUACAUUACCAGAUUUGGCAUCUGUAAAAGCACAUGUUGUAAAAGCAGAAUGGUUUUGGACAUCCGUUCAAGAUGAAGGAGCAGCCGAUGAAAAAGAUUAUUUAUUUGAGGAUUAUCUAGAAUCAGUACUAUCACCUAGCGCAUCGGUCAGACGAGAUAGUCAACAGACAGCUACACCAAGUACAGCAUCCACAAGGCGAAAACGUAAACGACUUGCUGAAACUUUAUCUAGUUUGGUUCAAAAUGGAACUGACUCACCAGCUGUGCACAAAAGACGAUCUAGCGUCAGCGAUGCUGGGCAUCUAAGUGUGAGUGGUAGUUUUCUUGACUGCACAGCGAGUCCUGAUAAACAGUUACUUGAUGAUAUUCCAGAGGUGGAAGCUGUUAACGCAGACGGUGCUAGGAAAAGUCGAUCUCCACGUCAUCAAGUUUUUCUUGAAUUAGUGCAAACAGAAUCUAAUUAUGUUGGUAUUUUGAGCACUAUUAUGACGUUAUUUAAAUCACCAUUGGAAGAGCUUACGGAAACUAGCGGUGAAUUAGUAAAUAGUACAGAAGUUAAAAUUAUAUUUGGUAACUUUCCACCAAUUUAUGAGGUCCACAAAAAGAUGUUAGAAGAGUUGCGUUAUAGUGCUACUUAUUGGACAGAAGAUGUUAGUAUAGGUAAUAUAUUUCUGAAGUUUGCACCUGACCUAGUCAAGGCAUACCCUCCGUACGUGAAUUUCUUCGAAAAUACUAAGGAAAUGCUAGACCAAUGUGAUCAAAACAAGCCACGUUUUCAUGCUUUUUUGAAGAUUUGUCAGACUAAACCUGAAUGUGGCAGACAAAGUUUGAAAGAGCUCUUAAUAAAGCCAGUACAGAGGUUACCCAGUAUUAGUUUAUUAUUAAAUGAUAUCCUCAAGCACACAAGUAAAAGUAAUCCAGAUUAUAGUGCGUUGGAGUUAUCAAUUAGCAGUAUUAAAGAAGUUAUGACUUACAUCAACGAGGAUAAAAGAAAAACUGAAGGCCAAUUAGCAAUGUUUGAUAUCUUUAAUGAGAUCGACAAUUGCCCACCACAUUUAGUAUCCUCGCAUAGGUCGUUUAUUGGAAAAUGCGAUGUAAUGGAACUCAGUGAAGGUCUAAGUGGUCGCGGUGAUCAUUUAGUUCUAUUUCUCUUUACGGAUAUUUUAGAAAUUUGUAAGAAAAGAUCGAAAGCUUUCAAUUCAUUAAAGAGUCCCAAUACGGCUAAUGGAUUACAUUCUGCUAAAUUAAGCCAAGGAAAGCCAUAUAAGCACAUAAAAUUGUUACCCCUUAGUACUAUUAGAAAAGUGGUGGAUAUUCGAGAAACCGAAGAAUGUCAGAAAGUAUUUGCAUUAAUGGUAAGAAGUAAUCAAGAAUUAAAGGAAAAAUUAUUUUCGUUUACAAUUAUCGAUGAAGAUGUAAACAAAACAAAUUAUUUACGUACUUUGUGUAGACAAAUGGCUAAUACAGUUUGCAAGGCUGAUGCGGAUACGUUCCUGAUAAGUCUUGAUUCGCAUCAGCUGGAAAUUGAUACUAGUGAUGUAGCAUUAGGAACAUUAAGUAAAGCAUUUAAGUUUGCAUCUCGUACGAGAAGGAAAGUUGGUAGAGCGUUUAGUUUUAACAAGACUCCUAGUAAACUAAAGAGGGCUAUGUCUACAAUGAUGUCUCCUUUCGGAUCAACAAAUAGUCUCACCCCAGCAAGCCAACAACUUGCCCAAAUGCGACUUGCUAGUUGCAACAAUAUUAACGAACUGGGUAAUGGUGGUUCAGACUCGCCCACUAGAGACGAUGUUCUAGUGGCACCCAUGUCGGUUCAACCGACUCGAAAGGCCAAAUGCAGCUCCCUCAGUAUGGCUUCACUUCGAAGGUUGUAAUCAAUGUACAAGGAUUCAUGCAUUCUUUUUUUUGCUACCAUUGUUCACUGUAUUCGGUCUGCUUUUCUGUGGUCUAAUUGCUUGAACGAUGUUCUUUUUCUAUUUUCUUCCUUUUUUUAAUAUCUUUGCUAUCAUGCUUACGGACAACAUUUGCAAACCUAUUUAUCACAUCCAAAUAUUGGAUAUAUAUGUAUAUAUACACAUAAGUAUAUAUAUGCACAUAUAUAUAUACACAUGAAAAAAAUAAGGUAAUUGCAAAUGUGGUUUGAUAAUUUGAGGAUGUAUAAUUUAAUUCUAAAAAAAUAUACCAUUUACACUAUAUUAAAGUGUUAAAUCCCAGACUUUACAUAAACUUAUAAUAUUCAUUUUAUUAUAGGUUUAUCAAAAUAAUUUAUCUUAAAAUGACGCAUAUUUUUAGAAAAUCUUUGUAGUGAAUUUUUUAAAAUAUUGCUGCACACACAUAGUCUGAGAUUAAAUGGUAGUAGCAGCCCAAAACUAUCAUCAUUUAUAUGUCGUUGUGAAUUUAAUUAGUAUAAUUAUUUACAAUACUACCAUUUUGUAAAUUUAUUGAAGAUAAGAACAUGUGACACUUAUGAAAUAUAAGAAUGUGCCUAAUUACUAUUCACAUCAUCGUGUUGAUGUCGGUGUCAAAGUGCCUUAUUUAUGGCAUUUUCAUUUAACUAAUCUAUUAAUUACAUAUUUAAAACUAAUUUGGCGAGCAAGUUUGUUAUGGACAUGAUAAUAUGCAAGAAGAAAAAAACAAUAUGUAUUUGAAAUUUGUUUGACGAGACUUGUCUAUAAAUAUCUGUCUGUUUCUAUUGAUUCAUAACACAUACCAUUCAGUGUAUUUGUUACAUAUUUCAUUUAAUAUUGAAUGUUCUCUAAGCAUAUUUUGUAAAAUAAUAC